AGUAACAGGCUCGACUGGACACCAGUGGGUCAGAAAGACAAGAAAGGGUGACGUGAAUGGAUGAUGGAUGUCGAGGGAGGAGAAGGGCUGCUGUUACCUAACUAAUCUGGAAAAAAACUGCAGCCAGUCCUACUGAGGCAUUAUCUCUGAACCAAGAAUAACAAGGAUUACAGAAAAUGGUCUUCCCUCCAGUGAUGGCAUUGCCCCUGCUGAUUGUCAUGGCGGCAGGGGUAUACUACAUCUACAAUGAGGUCAUGCAGUACAUGGCCAAGUCUUUAGUGCGGAACAAAGUGGUGGUGAUCACUGACGCCGUUUCUGGUGUCGGAAAUGAGUGCGCUCAUCUCUUCCAUAAGGGCGGAGCCAGGCAUCUGUGUGGAGAUAAUUGGGAUAAGCUUGAGUCUUUGUACGACUCUUUGACAAAUGAAGCUGACCCCAGCGAGACCUUUGCCCCCAAACUGGUCAUCCUGGACUUUAGUGACAUGGAGAGCAUGGAGGAUAUGAUGGCUAAAGUGGUGGACUCUUGUGGUGGAUGCGUGGACGUCUUGAUUUGUAACAGCAGCAUGAAGCUCAAAGCUCCAGUGCAGAGCAUUUCCCUAGAACUUGAUAGAAACAUCAUGGACAUCAACUACUUUGGCCCAACCACCUUGACCAAAGGAAUACUUCCCACCAUGAUUCCAAGAAGAUCAGGACAUAUCAUCUUGGUCAACAGCAUCAAAAGAUUGGCUGUCCCAUUCAGAAGUUCUUAUGCAGCUUCUAAGCAUGCAGUGCAGGCCUUCUUUGACUGCCUCCGGGCUGAGGUGGAGGAGUAUGGGAUCACCGUGAGCACCAUCAGUCACACUUUCAUCGAUUCCACUGUUCCCUCAUCUCCAGAGAAGCAUGCCUCCAAGCCAAACAGCUUGGCUGCAUUCGUUGCCAACCAGCUGGCCCACGGAGUGCGUCCUUCAGUCCUGGCCGAUGAGAUUAUGCGAACGGUGAACCGGAAGAGAAAGGAAGUUGUGCUGUCUCACCCCAUUCCCAGGGUGGCAGUUUACCUCCGAUCUUUGCUACCCUCUUUUCUCUUUGCUGUCCUGGGUGCUGGAGUGAAGGACUCUGUCUUGGCUGAGCAGAUGGAGUAGCGGAAUGACCGAAGAAAAUAACACAAAGAGCAUUCAAGUUUUUUUUUUUUUUUUGCUUUGAUGAAAUGCAAUGAGUGAUUUGUAUCUUGCAAAAUAAAUAAAACAAAAUAGAGCCUCUUCCCAUUAAAAUAAACUCUAUAGGGGGUCAAAUAAUUGUAAAUCUA